UUGGUUUGCAGGCUAUGUAUAACUUUGCUAGUUGUGAUGUUUUUUUAAUUUACUUUGUAUUUUUUACAAUGUUGUUACUUAUUUGUUGUUCUUGUUUUGAUAAGGUACGUUUGAUGGGUGGCGAAAUAAGCAUCAAGGACAAAGAGCCAGGAGAAGCGGGAACGUGCUUCGGAUUAAACGUCUUCCUCAAGAUCAGCGACGCUGAAGAGCACAUCGAGCACGGGAGGGCGGUGCCGUCCCUAUUCAGGGAGCCUGGCUGCUUCAAGGGUGGGCAGUGCGUCCUCCUAGUCCAUGGGGACGAGACCCGGCGAAUCCUCCAUUCAUGGAUGGAGAACGUCGGGAUGAAGGUCUGGCCCGUCCCGCGUGCCGAGCUCCUCGCCCAGACAAUGGAAAAGGCACGCGCCACCGUGGGUGCCUCACAGUCUAGGCCAGCGUCGAUCUCUUCGUCGCAGGGAGGUGGUGAUGACUUGGAAGGUGUAGCUGACCGCUGCUUCAGCUCCAAAGAGAUGGUCACCCAGGUCCUACGGAACAGCAGCGGCAGCCACGUGGGGCACCUCCACCCCUUUGGCCUACUCGUUGUUGUCGACAUCUCCGGUGGGAGGCUCAAUGAGAUCCUCCAGGAGGCGCCGAGCCUCGCGAGGAUCAAGCACCAAGUUCCGUGCAGGGUGGCUUGCAUUACUGACCUCAAGACCUCCUCCGAGGAUUUGAGGAUGCUCAAGGAGGCGGCGAGCUGCGACAUGGACCUGCGCAAGCCGAUCCACGGCUCUCGGCUGCGCCAGCUCCUCCAGGUCAUGAGAGAGCUCCAAGCCUCUCCGUUUCCGCAACAACUUCCGCAUCAGGUUGGGGUCACCAUCAAUGAGCUGCCAACCGCAGAUCAGGCCGCUGCAGCGUCAUCUGAAAUCACAUCUGCGGUGACAGUGCCCCAGGAGCCGCCCAGGCUUGGAGACGACAAGCCUCUGGAGGCCACUGCCGCGUCAUCUGAAACCACGUCUGCGGCGGCAGUGCCCCAGGAGCUUCCCAAGCUUGAAGAUGACAGGCCUCUGGAAGGGAAGCGUGUCCUGCUGGUGGAAGACACGAGGGUGCUGCAGUUUAUCCAAAAGAAAAUGCUGAGCACUCUAGGUGCAACUGUUAUGGUAGCAGCGGAUGGAUCCGAGGCUGUGGCAAUGUUCAUCAAUGCUCUUGAGAUUGCAAGUGGUGGUGCUUCUUCAGAGGAACGGUUGGUCUUGCCCUACGACGUGAUAUUCAUGGAUUGCCAGAUGCCGGUGAUGGAUGGCUAUGAAGCGACAAAGCGCAUCCGCAUGGAAGAAAGCCGUUACGGGAUCCACACCCCAAUCAUCGCGCUGACCGCGCACUCUGAGGAGGAGUACCUGCAGAAGACCAUCCAAGCAGGGAUGGAUCUUCACCUGACUAAGCCAAUACAGAAGGAGCAACUUGUGGAGGUUGUUCAUCAGGUGUGGAAGGAACAUAACUGAUGAAUGAUGAUAUUUGUUUCUCUGGUGGCAUCGAGACGUGUGUAGUUUUCCAGUAAUUAUAUA